CUCGCAAACCAAGCAACCUCAACUAUAUAUAUAACCAAAUUUUGAUAGAAAAAAAAUCCACCCAAUAGGAGCAUCCUCCUUCUUUCUCAACCUCUGCCUCCCUUGCCCUGCAUCCAUCCAUCCACCAUGAAUUAUCAUCAUGGCCUUACUUUUAUCAUCCCCGAGGAGAGCUCGCCAUCCAACCAAGUCUACGACGCCGCCCACCUCUACCUCCCAACCAUUCACUUGAUCAAUUCCUCCACUCGGACCAUCCGAGUCACCAAAACACCGCGCAGAGAAACGGUCAAGCUCGCCAUUGAAAGCGGUGAGCAAGUCCCCGACACCUUUGACGGCGUUGACCUGAACUGGCUUUACGUGGUCGAAAAACAUCCGAGCGGCUGUGUUGAUCGUCGCUUUGAGCUGACGUUUCAAAAGGAACACAAAGACAAAGUCAUGACCUUCUACUUGGCCUAUGUUGUUCGUCGCGCCGAAGCCAUUAAACAAGAGAGCAAGAUUCUCAACCUCCGCAACAUUAACACGUACGACGAAGUCGAAUUCGAGCACCCGGCUACGUUUGAGACGAUAGCCAUGGAGCCCAGCCUAAAGCGAAAGAUUAUAAAGGAUUUGGAGAGGUUUGUGAGCAGGAGGGAGUUUUAUAAGAAGGUGGGCAAGGCUUGGAAAAGAGGCUACUUGCUGUAUGGCCCACCUGGCACUGGAAAAUCCAGCUUGAUUGCGGCCAUAGCUAAUUAUCUCAAGUUUGAUGUGUUUGAAUUGGAGCUUGAUGCUAUUGACAGUGACUCUGAGUUGAAGAGGGCGUUGCUGUCCACUACAAAUCGUUCCAUUUUGGUGAUUGAGGAUAUUGAUUGCUCCGUCAAUAAAGAUAAGGAAAACCGGUUCACACUGUCAGGCCUACUAAACUUCAUGGAUGGUUUGUGGUCAAGUUGCGGAGAUGAGAGAAUUAUUGUGUUCACAACAAACCACAAGGAUCGGCUUGACCCUGCAUUGUUGCGUCCUGGCAGAAUGGAUGUCCACAUUUACAUGGGUUAUUGCACCCCAAGUGGGUUUAAGGUUUUGGCCUCCAACUACCUUGGCAUUCCUGACUUGGACGGUCAUAGCCUUUACGGAGAAAUCGUAGGCUUGCUAGAGGGCACAAAGGUUACCCCUGCUGAGAUUUGUGAGGAACUACUGAAUACAAAUGAUGAGGAUGAUGAUGAAGAUGCUGAUGCUGCUCUCAAAAGACUUGUCGACUUUUUCAAACUUAAGAAGCUUGAAGGUGAUAAACCCGAAAUUGAAGAAGCAAAAAACCAGAAAAUGGAUGCCGAUGUUAAUAAUAUUAAUAUUUUCAAGAGAGAAACUGAAGAAGAAAGAAGGCAGGAAAUGGAUGUCAAAGUGAAUGAUGACAUAGAAAAUAAAUGUUGUGGGGUCUACCCAAACGCUUGCAAAGUAAGCAACCUCUCAACUAUAUAUAUAGAAACGCCUCCCAACACCAUCCACACCUUGUUCUCUAGCUGUGCCUCUCUCCCUUGCUGCCUCGAUCCAUCCGCCAUGAAUUUUAUCUUGGAGCAGCUCCUGCUUCUCAUUUCCACUGCCCUCGAUUACCUUGCUACCCUUAUCUCCCCUCGUCACGAUCGUCAUGAGGACCUUACUUUCAUCAUCCGCCAGGACUACAGGCCACCCAACCAAGUCUACGACGCCGCCAAGCGCUACCUCCCAACCAUUGACUUGAUCAAUCCCUCCACCCGAACCAUCCAAGUGAGCAAAACGCCGAGGCAAGAGACCGUCAAGCUUGCCAUGGAAAGCGGUGAGCAAGUCCCCGACACCUUUGAGGACAUUAACCUCAACUGGCGUUACGUGGUCGAAACAUUCCCGGACGGCAGCGUAGAACAUCGCUUCGAGCUAACGUUCCAAAAGAAACACAAAGAAAAAGUCAUGAGCUCCUACUUGCCCUAUGUGGUUGGUCGGGCCGAAGCCAUUAAAAAAGAGGAAAAGAUUCUCAAACUUUCUAACCUUAACAACGCAUCAGUGGAUUUGGAGCACCCAGCUACGUUCGAGACGAUCGCCAUGGAGCCCGACCUGAAGAGAAAGAUUAUGAAGGACUUGGACAGGUUUGUGGCGAGGAGGGAGUUUUAUAAGAAGGUGGGCAAGGCUUGGAAAAGAGGCUACUUGUUGUAUGGCCCUCCUGGUACUGGAAAAUCCAGCCUGAUUGCGGCCAUGGCUAAUCAUCUCAAAUUUGAUGUGUUUGAUUUGGAGCUUGCUAGUAUUCGCAGCGACUCUCAUUUGAAGAGUGUGGUUCUGUCCACUACAAAUCGUUCCAUUUUGGUGAUUGAGGAUAUUGAUUGCACCGUCCAUAGUAAGGAUAACAGGUUCACACUCUCAGGCCUACUAAACUUCAUGGAUGGUCUUUGGUCAAGUUGUGGUGAUGAGAGAAUUAUUGUGUUCACAACAAACCACAAGGAUCGUCUCGACCCUGUAUUGCUGCGUCCUGGUCGAAUGGACGUCCACAUUCACAUGUCUUAUUGCACUCCGAGUGCGUUUAGGAUUUUGGCCUCCAACUACCUUGGUGUUGAGGACUUGGACCGUCAUCCCCUUUAUGGAGAAAUCGCGGGGUUGCUAGAGAGCACAAAGGUCACCCCUGCUGAUGUUUGUGAAGAUUUCUUGAAGAAAAAUGACGAUGAUGUUGAUGAUGAUGAUGAUGUUGAUGUUGAUGCUGCUCUUGAAAGAGUUGUCAAGUUUCUCAAACUUAGGAAGCUUGAAGGGACUAAUAAUAUUGAUGAGCCAGAAACUCAAGAAGAAGAAAAGGCAGGAAAUGGAUCUGAAAGUGAAUGAUGAAGGUGAUAACUACUCAUCCAUCUAACAUGAGCUAUAGCGAGCCCCUUUGAGAUGGUUUUGGGUUCAAGUACUUUUGUUGGAAAAAUAAAUAUGAAUGUUAGAUUCCUAGGUUUUGUUUGGUGUCAUGUCCCUUUUCUGUUGGGUCUAUGUUUGGUGUUGUCCUAUUAUCCUAUCUGAUUAUGAUGUAAUCACUUUGGUUAUAUCGACAAAUAAAGUAAUGGUGUGGUUAACCCUUUUUCGUUUU